CCCGAGCGCGCAGGCGCCGGCCUCAUGCUGAGGACCUUGACUCGCGCGGUGGGCCGCGCCGCCGUCCGCUGCGCUCGCAGCCCCCAGCUGCCCGGGGCGCGCACCGCCGCCGCCGCCGCCAUGUCUCGGUCCCCGCGGGCCUCCUCUGGCUCCCCGGCCCGGCCCGCCACCGUGCUGGGCACCAUGGAGAUGGGGCGCCGCAUGGACGCGCCCGCCAGCGCCGCGGCCGUGCGCGCCUUCCUGGAGCGCGGCCACGCUGAGUUGGACACGGCCUUCAUGUACAACGACGGCCGGUCCGAGAGCAUCCUGGGCGGCCUGGGGCUCGGGCUGGGCGGCAGCGGCUGCACAGCGAAAAUUGCUACCAAGGCCAAUCCCUGGGAGGGGAAGUCACUGAAGCCUGACAGCCUCCGGUCCCAGCUGGAGACGUCCCUCCAGCGGCUGCAGUGCCCCCGGGUCGACCUCUUCUAUCUGCACGCGCCGGACCACGGCACGCCUGUGGAAGAGACGCUGCGUGCCUGCCACCAGCUGCACCAGGAGGGCAAGUUCGUGGAGCUCGGCCUCUCCAACUAUGCCGCCUGGGAGGUGGCUGAGAUCUGUACCCUGUGCAGGAGCAACGGCUGGAUCCUGCCCACCGUGUACCAGGGCAUGUACAACGCCACCACCCGGCAGGUGGAGACGGAGCUCCUGCCCUGCCUCCGGCGCUUUGGACUGAGGUUCUACGCCUACAACCCUCUGGCUGGAGGCCUGCUGACCGGCAGGUACAAGUAUGAGGACAAGGACGGGAAACAGCCUGUGGGCCGCUUCUUUGGGAACAACUGGGCAGAGGUCUACAGGAAUCGCUACUGGAAGGAGCACCACUUCGAGGGCAUCGCCCUGGUGGAGAGCCUGCAGGCUGCGUACGGCACCAGCGCCCCCAGCAUGACCUCAGCCGCCCUGCGGUGGAUGUACCACCAUUCCCAGCUCCAGGGGCGCCCACGGGACGCGGUCAUCCUGGGCAUGUCCAGCCUGGAGCAGCUGGAAGAGAACUUGGCGGCCACUGAGGAGGGGCCC